GAGCGCCCCGAGGAUGGCCGUGCCAGCAUCUACCGCUCCGUCAUCAUCAACACCUCCAAGGAGAUGAUGUGCUUCAGCGACUUCCCCAUCCCCGACGACUUCCCCAACUACAUGCACAACUCCAAGAUCAUGGAGUACUUCCGCAUGUACGCUCAGCACUUCGACCUGCUGCGCCACAUCCGCUUCAGGACCAGCGUGUGCCGCGUGUCCAAGCGCCCCGACUUCGCCAGCAGCGGGCAGUGGGAGGUGGUGACAGAGAGCGAGGGCAAGCAGGAGGCGGCCGUCUUCGACGCCGUGCUGGUGUGCAGUGGGCAUCACACGGACGCACAUCUCCCGCUCAGCUCCUUCCCAGGGUUGGAAAAAUUUGAGGGCUGGUACCUGCACAGCCGGGACUACAAGAGCCCUCAACCCUUUUUGGGAAAACAGGUGGUCGUGGUUGGCAUUGGGAACUCGGGCAUUGAUAUCGCAGUGGAGCUGAGCCACGCAGCCAAGCAGGUUUUCCUCAGCACCAGGCGUGGGUCCUGGGUGCUGCACCGGGUGGCCAACAGCGGCUACCCCUUUGAUUUCAGCUACAUCAGUCGCUUCACGCAGCUCCUCCAGAACCUGCUGCCUCCAAACAUCAUCAGUUUCUUCCUGGAGCGGAAGCUGAACGCCCGCUUUGACCACACGCUCUACGGCCUAAAGCCCAAGCACCGGAUCCUUGACCAGCACCCCACCAUCAACGAUGACCUGCCCAACCGCAUCAUUUCGGGCAGGGUGCGGGUGAAGCCGAACAUCCGGGAGUUCACGGAGACAUCUGCCAUCUUUGAAGAUGGCACCAGGGAAGACAUCGAUGCCGUGGUUUUUGCCACAGGAUACAGCUUCUCCUUCCCAUUCCUUGAGGGCUGUGUGAAGGUGGUGGAGAACCAGAUUUCCCUCUACAAAUUCGUGUUCCCCCCUGACCUGGAGAAGCCAACACUGGCUUUCAUCGGCCUCAUCCAGCCCCUGGGUGCCAUCAUGCCCAUCUCAGAGCUCCAGUGUCGCUGGGCCACCCGUGUCUUCAAAGGGCUGCAGGGCCUGCCGCCGCCCGCCGACAUGCUGGCUGAAAUCGCACAAACCAAGCAGAGAAUGGCUGAGCGGUACGUGAAGAGCCAGCGGCACACCAUCCAGGUGGAUUACAUCCCUUACAUGGACGAGCUCGCCUGCCAGCUGGGGGUCAAGCCCAGCCUGCUCACGCUGUUCCUUACAGACCCCAAGCUGGCGCUGGAGGUGGCUUUUGGUCCCUGCACACCGUACCAGUACCGGCUGCGGGGCCCGGGCGCGUGGGCCGGUGCCAGGGCUGCCAUCCUCACACAGCGGCAGCGUGUGCUCAAGGCCCUGCAGCCGCGGAACUGCGGCCGCCAAGCCCGCUCCAGCACCGCGCCCCACGCCCUCACGGUGCUCUUCAGCAUCGCCAUGAUUGCGGCCACCCUCCUCUACGUCUCGCUCUCUCCUUAG